AUGAUUUUUGCUAUCUUUUCUAAUUAUUCUCCAAAGUGGAAGUGUGGAGAUGGACCAAUUACGCGAGACUGUGAAGUAUAUAGAUUAUGUGAAAAUUUGACAAUUCAUGAAGAUUACUUUCAAUCGGCAGCUGUGGAAUUUGGAUGGAUCUGCAACGAAAACACUUACCUGAUGUCGGCUUUUUCACAGAUCCAAUUCUUCGGAGUGCUUUUUGGAACCUUGCUAUUUGGCACUCUGGCAGAUACCUUUGGAAGGAAACCGGUGUCCCUAGGAACAUUGAUAGCUGGAUUUCUUACAAAUCUCUCAGCAGGAUUUUCCCCGUCCUGGCAAGUUUUGCACUCGCUGCACUUUUUUGUGGGAUUUUUUGUUGGUGGUGCCAGUGUCACACUUGCUACUUAUGUUACCGAACUGCUUCUUCCUCAUCAACGCAUGUUCAUGCGCGGAGUGUUCAACUGGGGCGUUGCUCGUAUGGUCUUGACGCUGAUUUGUAUGCUGCUUCCUGAUUGGAGAUCCGCCAGUACUGCUUGUGCUCUACUCUUAAUUCCGGGUAUAUUGCUCAUUAUAUUCGUCUUACCAGAAAGUCCAACUUGGUUGCAUAGUAAGGACCGGCUCGAAGAGAUGCGUGAAGCCGAACGGUACAUAGCACAGUUCGCAGGAGUUGAGUAUGUACCUGUCGAACACAAGGUUAUCGACCACUCUAAGGGUUUUUGGGAAAUGGUGAAAACCCCAGGACUUUUUCGACGUCUCAGUGUUUUAUGGGUAAUGUGGUAUGUUACGUCAUUCUGUGCUUAUGGAAAUGACCUCAACUCUAAUACCAUAUUCGGAAACCUCUUUGUUAACCAGUUCCUAUUUUCGAUAUUGAUCAUCAUGUCAAAAUGGAUCCUGCUCGCGGUUGACGCAUGGUAUCCAUCGUUCAGUCACAGGAAACUUCAUCAAGGUGCACAGAGCGUAGUCUGCGUUUGUUUUCUAAUUCUCAGCAUCCUCGUUAUGCAGGAAUACAGAGGAGUUGCCAUCCUUGUUGUAAACUUAGUGGGUUGUGUAUUUAUCGAGUACACAUGGGAUGCGUGCUUCCUCUGUGCCAUCGAAUCUAUAGAAACAUCAUGUCGAGCUAGCUGUAGUGGAAGCUGUUCUUUGGUUGCUCGAAUUGGUGCACUAUCAGCGCCUAUUCUCACACACAUGAACAAUUUUUGGCCUCCAUCCAUAUACUUCAGCGUUUUUGUCUUGGGUACGGUCAAUCUGAUAGUAUCGUACAAAUUUUUGAUAGAGACCAAAGGAGUGGACCUGGAUGAGGCGACAAGUGAAAUAAAGCGAAAAGACGCAGAUUGCUGUCCCACUAUAGAGUUUGGUGGCAGUAAAAUUGAUCCAUCGCAAGUGCUUAUCAUGGAAAAUGCCAGUCCAUAUCAGUCCCGAAGGAAGAUUUAG